AUGAGCAACACAGAUGCCAUGUCCCAGCACGAUUUGGAGUCGCUCCUAGCGCUCCAUAACGAUGCCUUCGCCACAGAUCUUACUCAGCAUGCCAAUGACUUCAGUGACCUGUCAAACGCGUUGACAGCUACACAAAGCGCACCAGACAAUCACAAUGAUUCGUGGCAAUGGGAAUCACCGUUCCGAGAUCUUUCGAGCCACUCCACGGCAGUCUCAUCACCCAUGACGCCUGGCACACCCAUCACACGACCGAAGCUAGGCAGUCGUUUCUCGAGGGAGGUCAUACGCACCUUGAAGAACUGGCUUGCUGUUCAUCAACAACAUCCAUAUCCUACUGAAGAUGAAAUGGCUGCCCUUCAGGAACGGACAGGGUUGAACAAGGCUCAACUGACAAACUGGUUUGCAAAUGCCAGACGCAGAGGAAAAGUCCAGGGAAUCCGUCCCGCGUCACCGCAAGUGAACAUACAAUCUAACCCUAUAGACAUUAUCCAAAGACCUGGUACACCUGCUUUCAGACCAGAAUCCUGUUAUAAAGACCCGCUACAACGCUGGGUUGACUCGCCUCCAGAACAUGAACCCGCCACCGCCCAUGAUAUUGCUCGAGCUAUGGCAUCGAGCUCGAGGAGAGCGUCCCAGGAAAGAGCAGGACUAUCGUCUCAGUAUACAGAUACAUGGCAAUCGCCCUACGCGAGAUCAUCGGCCAGCAGCGCUGCAACCUCGCAAUCAAGCGGCGAGUUUUCAGCUCAUCGAUCUUCGGGUUCGCAAUCCUCACUCAAAAUCCGCCGUCCCCCCCGCAGGAAGCGCGCUAGCCGACGUCGACACAUUGAGCAGCACCCUACUCUUGAGCCCCUUAUGCCUUACCAGUGUACCUUUUGUACCGAAGUCUUCAAGACCAAGUACGACUGGCAGCGCCAUGAAAAGUCGCUUCACUUACCUUUGGAAAAAUGGAUAUGUGCACUCCACGGUCCUCGAGCGCCCAAAAAGGACAGUCCAGAGGCUUGUUGUGUGUUUUGUGGUGAGAUUGGGCCAGAUGAUGCUCAUGUGGAAGCCCAUCACUAUUCAGAUUGCCAAGAAAGAAGUAUUGAGGAACGUACUUUUCAUCGAAAAGAUCAUCUCGUACAGCAUCUCCGCCUGGUGCACGGCGCGAAGUUCGCCCAAUGGUCUAUGGCACGCUGGAUGUUGCCAAUGCCCGACAUACGGUCUCGAUGCGGAUUCUGCUCAAUUACAAUGAGCACAUGGGAAGAGCGAACAGACCACCUCGCUGAUCACUUCAAAGCAGGCGCUACGAUGGCGAAUUGGCAUGGAGAUUGGGGGUUCGACCAAGCAACGACGGACAUGGUAGAAAGCGCGAUUCCUCCAUUUUUUGUUGAUUACGAGCGGACUACGCUGAUUCCAAUGAAAGCCAGUGAUCCACCGUGGGGAUCGCCUCCAAACGCUUAUGAGAUGCUCAAAGUCGAAAUCAUCUUCUUUAUCCAGAAUCACUUCGACAAAACGCAACAACUCCCCACAAACGAUGCAAUGCAGCAUGAAGCAUGUCGAAUCAUCUUCGCCGCCGAAGCCUUCGCUAGUGUACACGUAACGGAGAUGGCUCACAGCCCUUCAUGGCUCCGUGACCUGGUCAUGUCUACGCCAGAACUGGUGCGACAGGCCAAGUUUGGCCCAAUCAGGACAUCGAGCGAAAGCAGACAAUCUCCUCUCAAAAUUAACGGCAAGGAUCACUUAUUCGAGAUGUGCCCACUUGAGACUCAGCUCCACGCCUAUGUGUUAGGUGAGCAAGUCAUGAACGCUCCGAUUACCGAUAGCCAACUACAAACGGAGGCUUGCGCAAUUGUGCGGCGUAUGGAGGAAGGGUCUGACACACCGUCGGAUAUGUUUGCGAACUGGGUGGUUAAAGGCAUAUACUCAAGUACUGACUGGCUCACUGGAUUCAAGCAACGAGCCAGUAUGACAAGUCCCUCUCUCACAUUUGAUUCGAUCCAAGAACCACAGCACAGCGUAGCAUGGGACUGCAACGUGCAAGUUCCCGAUCAAACACCACCUUCCCACCAAUCGCCAGCCGAAAUAAGUCCCUACGCAUCCAUAUUGGCAGAUUCGCCUGACCAGCCCGUUCCCUUUUCCCCCGUCGAUGCGGCCAACCCGUCCCCGCUCAUACCGUCCAAUACACUAGACCUAUAUGACCGUUGGCGGACGCUCUUACCGGACGAUUUAAACUUCUACCGCAUCUUCGACAGCGACAUGAAGCGUUGGGCGGCCGCGACCAUGUCGCCCAAGAAUCCAAAUUCCCACAUUCCUUCGGACGAGGAGAUUCAGCACCAGGCGCGCUGGAUCAUGUACGAUGGAGACGACACCUGGAAUCAGACGCCUGCGGAUUAUCAGGCGUGGUUACAGCAGUUCAAGAGGAGUGUGGGUAUCAUCGAUGCGAGUGUUGAGGUUGUGGACCCGAAGGAGCUGAGUAGAUGA